AUGUCACAACUAAGAUUCGAAGACGUCUCGGAGCGCCAGCGCAAACCGAUCCACGAGUACCAUGACGAUUUGUCCGAUGAAAGCAGCGGCGAGACACGUCACCCGCAUCUCGUGGCCACUGCGCUGGAGAUCUCGAGCUCGAGCUCGAGCUCUAACAGCAGAGAGUGCUGGGACGAAGAGACAGAGGAGUAUGCGAGAGUCUCUUACUCCAGCUUCCUCUUGCUGCAACAAGAACUCUCGACGAUCAAAGACAAUCACAACGGAUUGCGACAGUCAGCAGAAAAGUGGAAAAGAGAGGCAGAAAGGCUGCUAAACAUAGGAGAAGAUAUGAAGAGUGUGAUCAUGAGCAAGGAGCACGAAUUGGAACAUGUUCAAUCCAACAUGCAGCGAUCUUUGUUGGAAGAGAAGAGUCUGAAAAGACAAGUGAAAGCACUAAAGAUCAAGAAUCUGAACCUCAGAAAUUCCAUCGAGAACCUGGAGACUCAAAUGAAGAGAUUGAAAAAUGUCGGAAUGCCAAACAUCGGAAGAGAAGUCGUCCUAUCUCGAAGAAUAUAUCAAGCGGAAUCAAGAAAAGUGCUGGAGAAGAACGAGUCGUUGCAUUUCAAGUUGAAAGAGUGCAAAGUGCAACUGCUGGCAGAGCGAGAGGUGAUCAAGCAGCUUCAUUCCGACAAGAUGAAUUCAGAAAGGUCAAGAUGUCAUGAGCUCGAUGUCAUUUCCUCAGACAGAGUCAACGCUCAGCCAAUCCUUGUGCCUAGUUUGAUGAAAGACGCUGCCUGUCAGUCGGAUCAGACAUGUCAGAACUGCACAAGCGCGCAUGCUGCAUCGCUUGCUCAACGACAACUCACGUGGGAGCUUGAAGAGUCAGUGAGGCAGGCUCUCAAGAUGCAGCUGAUGGACAUUGCGAGUAUCCAACAAGACCUUAAGAAAUUUCCUAUCAAGACUGUCAAGUUCGAGCCGAGCGUGGACGACACGAGCAGACGAGUCGCAAACCUCGAGCGGCAGCUCGCCACCGCCAAGGAAGCUCUUCGCUUGUGCCAGCACGAGCUCGAAGCGACCCAAGACGAGCUGGCUGCAUCGCAGAAGCUCAUCAAAGAGGCGGAGGACAAGCUGGGAAGUUCGCAAGCAAGCGCAAGCGUGAGAUCGCUGGAGCUGAGCCGGCAGCUCAUGGCAGAGCUUGUGGACAAGGAGCGGAAGAUGGUUGAGCUGGAGGAGCAAUGCUUGCAGCUCAAGGGCGAGCUGUCCGUAAGAGAUCGCCUACCCGACGUGCAGGCGAACAAGAAGCUCACGGGGUCAGAGCAGACAAUUGAGUUGCUCACUGCGAUCAUAACAGGUGUAGAAGAGACAAAACGUGACCUGGAGUAUGCAAGGCGAGAAAACAUUCUCUUCGGAGCUCUGUUCGACACAGAGUUAUCAAGUUACCAUGACAAAGCAUCGUUUCAAAAUAGCAAAUUCGUUGGUCCUUGCAAUUGUAUUAAAAAUGUCAUUUAA